CCUGCGCCCAGCCGAAACAGUUGCCAUGUUGCUACGCGGCUAGGGCGUGCUGUACGGUUCCCAUUCGUCUGUGCUUCGCGAUACAACGCAAGCCGACUCCGACGGGCACAUCAAAACAAUCGUGAACGACGCGCGCGACCAGUGCACUUGGCACGCCAGUUAUCAUCGGUUGCAAAGUCGCGCGCCCGCAACGCAACCAGCGAGAGUGCAAUCCUGCCGAACCGCACGUGGUGUUAAUGCGGCACGCAAAACGGAUGGAAUCCAGCCAUCAAACAAUCGAGUGAACAGUGCGCGCUCUUACAUCGUAGUGAUUAUCUCUCCCCAUCGUCUAAGUUAGUGCUAAAAGUGAGGAGUGCAAGGGCGCCCGCGCGCGCGGCGUGAAUCUCAUGCACAUUUGUUAUUAUUUUGCUUGUGUGCUUUUGACCCGAGCGGAGCGCUUCGCCGCCGCGCCGAGCAGCAGCGCCGCGGCCGCGCGUCGAACGAACCACAGCACACAGCCGGAGAGAGCACAGUCCAUUCUUCGCAGACAGAGGGGUGCACGCAUCGAUUCCAUCGCAUCGCGCGCCAAAAAGUGCCCGAAACAAACACUCCGCGGCGCGGUGCCGGUCGGCGUCGCUUGGCCUUGAGCGCGCCGGCGAGAGGUUAGUGCCCCCCGCGCGCGUACUACCGCGAGUGGUGUUCAUUUGUUUGUUUGUUUGCUGAUUGGUUUCCUGCCCCCGAAACAAAAGGUGUCCACACACGCUCAGCCAUGGAUUACGAAGUGAAUCUGGUGGAAUUGUGAAUGUGCGUCGCGACGCCGUCGACCAACUGCUGAGCACGUUCCCGGAGCCGCAUCGAUGGAGCCCAUGGCUUGGCAUAAACACGACCAUCUGUUGCUGACGAAACCCAAGAACGUUGAGCACGCAUUUCUUGAUGUUAUCCGAAGUGAAGACAUGCCGGGAAGCGUGGUCGGGUCCGGUGGCGCGGUGGCGCCGGAGGCGUCAGGACGACCACAGCGGCACGUGCCGUUAUAUGGGCGACUCGUCGGCGAGGAGCAGCUGACAAGCGCCCAGCUGAACACGGGCGCGCCCGCAGAUAUCCAGGCGAUGCAAGCGCGCAUCCCGCCGACCUUCCGUGAGCCGGCCUCGGCGCCGCUGCGCAAGUUGUCUGUCGACCUGAUCAAGACCUACAAGCGCAUCAACGAGGUGUACUAUGCGAAGAAGAAGCGACGAGCUGCUCAGACGCAGGGCGAGGACAGCUCGCACAAGAAGGAGCGCAAGCUGUACAACGACGGCUACGACGAUGAUAAUCACGACUAUAUUGUCAAGAACGGUGAAAAGUUCCUCGAUCGCUACGAGAUUGACUCGCUGAUCGGCAAGGGCUCCUUCGGGCAGGUGGUCAAGGCGUUCGACCACGAGGAGCAGAACCAUGUCGCUAUUAAGAUUAUCAAGAACAAGAAACCUUUUCUCAAUCAGGCUCAGAUCGAAGUGAAGCUGCUCGAGAUGAUGAAUCGGGCGGAUGCCGAAAAUAAGUAUUAUAUAGGUAAGUGGUCAUUUUACCACAAACAAACAUCUGUAAUCCACGAAAUUAAAUUUGAUGUGUGUUUUGCAGUUAAAUUAAAAAGGCAUUUUAUGUGGCGCAAUCACCUUUGCCUCGUUUUUGAGCUCCUCUCAUACAAUCUCUACGACCUGCUGCGGAACACGAACUUUCGGGGUGUUUCGUUGAAUCUGACGCGCAAGUUUGCGCAACAACUCUGCACGGCUCUUCUGUUCCUCUCCACGCCUGAACUGAACAUAAUUCACUGCGACCUCAAGCCGGAAAACAUCCUGCUCUGCAAUCCGAAACGAUCGGCAAUCAAGAUUGUCGAUUUUGGCAGUUCAUGUCAAUUAGGGCAUCGGAUAUACCAAUACAUUCAGUCGAGAUUUUAUCGAUCACCUGAAGUCUUGCUGGGCAUCCAAUACGAUUUAGCAAUAGACAUGUGGUCGUUGGGUUGCAUACUAGUCGAAAUGCACACAGGCGAGCCACUAUUCAGCGGUGCCAACGAAGUGGACCAAUUGAACAAGAUCGUUGAAGUGCUAGGCAUGCCGCCGAAAAACCUCCUUGAUCAGGGCAGCAAAGUGCGGAAGUUUUUUGAGAAACUUUCCGACGGCAGGUACAUCUUGAAAAAGUCACGCACUGAUGGCAAGAAAUACAAAAUGCCGGGCACAAAGAAGCUGCACGAUAUCCUCGGUGUGGAAAGUGGUGGGCCCGGAGGGCGGCGGACGGGCGAAGCUGGUCAUUCCAUGUCCGACUACCUCAAAUUCAAGGACCUCAUCCUGCGUAUGCUUGACUACGACCCCAAGUCUCGAAUAACGCCCUACUACGCGCUGCAGCACAACUUCUUCAAGAGGACAACGGACGAGGGUACCAAUACUGCCACGAAUGCGGCUAACAGCACCAGCUCCAGUCCCGCCGUUAACAUCGAUUUAUCCACGUCGAGUAGUCAGCACGGGUUAAAUCUGAUAAGCGGGCGAGGCGGCAACUAUUACACGGCGAUGGAGUGCGAUUCACUGCCUACGACACGACCCUCGCAGCAGUACCAGCACCGACGCCGCCCUAUUGCAGAUGGCAGCACGUAUAUGGGCUACGGUGGUCCGACAUCGCUGCCGUAUGCAGCGUAUCCCGGCCACGCGGUGCCCGACGCAUCGAAUCAACGUUCUGCAGGUCAAGCAAACGGUCCUUCUGCCGUGGGGGCCGGUGGGGGUGGCGACGAAAGCCCCAUGCACGGCGUGUGCGUGCAGCAGAGCCCUGUGGCGAUACACUAGCACGAGUCGUAGACUCGUUUUGGGUUUUAAAUCAUCGGGCGCGCAAGUGAAGUGCAACAGACUGAGGGCGGUUUAGAUACGCUCUGUUGUGGUGACACGAGCGCAAUAAGCACACAACAUACACACACUAUGCGGGAUUUUGUAAAUAUUGUUUAUUUGACACGUAUGGAAGGAAUCUGUAACAUAAAAUACAAUAUAUUUUCACAGCGGAGGUGGAUUGAUCAUAUUCAGCACUUGCUUUUGUGAAAUGAGUGAAAUUUUGAAAAUAUCUGCUUGAAAUAUGCCUGCGCUAACUUGAUACACAUGAUAACAUAAGCAAAUUGAAGACUGAAAUCAUUCAUUUCGACGUGUGUGAAAAUUUGCCCAGUGCAACUCUUUGUCAGCAGAGGGAUGUUGCGAAGAAAGAAAACGAGAGUAAGAGAGUAAUUGCAAACGAUAAUGAAAAUUCUAAGUAUACGGCUAACAUUUAAGCGCUAAUAAAUCAAUUUUCGACGGAGGAUAGAACUUUAAGUGUUGAUUUGAUUUUGAAAAUGGAAAAUUUACAUUACCUUGGUUAAAAAAAGCGAUUGUAUGAGUUUUGGGUUUUUAAUUUCUUAUUCUCGUUUCAAUGGUAUUCAAACAACACGCGAUUUCUAAGAAUUUAAGUAAGAAGCGUGUAUGUGAAGUAUAACGGUCUGAAGUACAUUUCAAUUGUAUGUUGUUGCAUUCUGUAUUAAAUUCAAGUUGAGUUUGGUAGUCUUUUAAAAACGAUUGAAUUUUUUCACUCAGCUUAUUUUUAAUUGAUAAAAGCGAAAUUUGAUAUGAAUAUAUGUGAAUUUUAAUACAGAAAAUAAAUACCAAAAAUUUUUCCGAGAAAUUGAUUAUCAACUGCGAGGUAACUCAAUUCUAUCCUUCACUUGAUCAAUUAUUGAUGAAUCCCGAUAUUUACUUGUGAAUAACUUUGUGAAAAAUGUUAAUUUACCAGUGAAGUUUUGUAGAUUGUUUGAUUUUGACCGUAAUACUUCACGUAUGUCGUAAUAAGAUAUAUAAAAAAACAUCCAGUGCCUAAAUUAAGGCCUAAAAAUCGGUCUCUACUUUCAUACGUUUUAGCAAGAUGACAAAUGAUAUAUUUUUAAAAAUGUGCAUUUCAAAUCUAUUUCACACACACACACACAUAACCUAACACAUGUAAUGUAAAAAUGAACGAAACUAGAGACGAGAAUGAUACAUCGGCAUAUAUUCCGAAUUGUACUAACUGAAAGAAUCUGUAAAAAUAUAAACUGUAUAUAAUUUUUUGUACGCGAACGCAUCCAAACACGAUUUUAACACGACACACACACACAAACGGCGAACAUGUGAAAAAAAACGCAAACGGUGAUAUGUUUAUUAUAUAUGAAUAACUAAUUAUAUUGUAUUUUAGAGGGAAAAUGAACUCCUAGUUAAAACUCAGAGCGUGAAUCGACAUCGACGAAUGUGUGGACUUUCUCGUAGUAGGUGUGCGGAUGAUACCAACAGUGACUCUCCCACGACAAUUCGAAGUUUUAUUUGCCUGGGGCCUAUUCCACUAUCAAUCGGUGGCGUAAAUGUGUUCAAAAAUAGUGUUUUAAUGAGAGAAUAAUACAAACAUUCAACGGUUCGCUCGAAUUGCAGCUGCUUUCACACCAAAUAAAUCAAUCGAUAUACAUAGCUAUGGUAUGAAUCUCAUCAUUCUCUUAUUCUCUAUAUAUUAAACGAGUUUCUCGGUUUCUACGGUUUUCAUACGGACGCGUUUGUGCUGCAAUUUGGUGGGAACUCAAACGAAACAUCAUUUUUGUAAAUAUCUAAUCUCUAGAUAAACAAACAAACAUAAAUUAUAUAAACGCAUACCUAUAAUAUAGACUUUACAUUAUUUAUGGAAAUUUGAUACACAGCACACACACAUACACACAGAGAAAGAGAUAAUGCGAGCUCUUAAUUUAUUUUACAUUUACAACGUGUUUUUUUUCUCUUCUGUUUUUUUGUUUUCUUCUUCAACACAUUGCAUGCGAUUUGCUGCUAAACAACGCAUCAUAUAAAUCCUGCAUUCUCUUUGUUAUUUAAUAAAAAUUACUAUUAAACCAUUAAAUUUAUUUGUAAAAUAAAAAUAACGCAAAGAUGAACUUUUUAAA